AUGUCCUACGCUCUAGAAUCAAAGAAGCGCAAAUUUCACCGUGUCCUUGAAUCAAUAUCCAAGCCUCUUACGCCCGAUAGCGCGCCCAAACCAGCCCCUGCGACGCCCACGACGGUGCAAGACCGUAUCUCCGCCAACUUAUCGAUCAAGAAAGUACGCUUGGCCAGUACCGACCGUUCAGAUCUCACGGCGGUACGCAAAUCAAUCCACCAGAUAUCCCGACCAGCGCACCGAGUAGCCUCCGCAAAUUCAAACAACCGCCCAACCUUUGUCCCUUGGGACCGCGAACGUUUUCUCGAGCGGUUAGAAACCUUCCGCCGUGUCGACCGAUGGACGUCAAAGCCGUCUCCGAUAAAUGAAGUACAAUGGGCGAAACGUGGGUGGAUAUGUACGGAUGUCAUGCGCGUCACCUGCGUGAGUGUAUGCGGUGGCGCAGUUGUUGUAAAGCUCCCUGAUGAAAUCGAUGAGCUUGAUGGCUUCAACAUUGAGAAGGUGGAGGAGCGGAAGGAAGUCCGCGCGAGGCUGGUGGAUGAGUAUGCGAAAAUGCUAAGCAGUGCUCAUGGCGAAAACUGUCCCUGGCGAAACAAGAGCUGCGAUGCUACUAUCCAACAUCUCCCUUUGACCAAUUGUGAUGCUGCACUAUCGGGACUUCACGAGCGAUACACAAACAUCUCGAAAAUAGGCGAUAAACUACCAGCUGAGGAUAUUAUUCAGACUCCAGAAGGACUUGACAUUGAUGUGCUUAUCAAAGGACUUCCUGAAGAAUGGUUCAAAGAGGCCGAGAAAGCUGCUAUAUCCACCAGCGGAGAGACUCAACCUACAAACAUCAACAAUCAAGAUUCAAUAGAAACUUCGAAGGUUGUCAAUCGAGCUGCCCUGGCACUAUCAUUGUUAGGCUGGGAUACUGCCUCUGAUGGAGCCGCGGGGUUAGUCGGGUGUGGUGCGUGUUUCCGUCGGCUGGGGUUAUGGAUGUACAAACCCAAAGAUGAUGGAGAUGCUACCGUCUACACUUCCCUGGAUGUGGCUGAUGAGCAUAUGGAGUAUUGUCCCUGGAUCGAUAAAGUGGCCCAGAGCGGAACUGGGCGGCCCAACGAGAAGUUGACGGAGCUACGUGCUGGGUGGCAGAUCGUUGCGGAGGCCGUAAAGGUCAAACACCGCCGCAGAGUUCGCACUAUGGCCUCCACCGAUACAUUGCGGACGGAGUCAGGCACAUCGAUAGAGCCUGCAGGCGAAGAAAAUGCGGAUGCGAAAAAGAAAGCAGACCGCGAGUGGUGGGCAAAAAUUCGACGAUGUGGUGAUCUCCGCAUACCCCUUUCGUUCUUUGCUCGACAGAUUCUCUCGACCGCUGUUCUCCCGAAUCGCUUCUUUGAACGGUCGACAAUUCCUACCUACGUCGCCAUGGAUUAUUCCAAUGGAGAUGGAGCUCAUGACAGAGCACCUGGGCGGACUACCCCCCGUUCUCCUUCCCGCACGAAUACCACAUACCAUUCAACGGAUCCCGGCAGACACAGGAGCAUCGAAGGAGACGGUGCGGCAGACGGAUCGAACCAGUUAUCAAGCGCGGCGUCCAAGCGUAAGAGACUUCAGGAGAGACAUCAAGCCCUCCGAAAACGAGGCCGGACUCCGCCGUCAGUAUUCUCACGACGCAACCGCUCCCGCAGCCCAGGCGGCGCGCCACCACGCGAAGACCGACGCUCUCGAUCGCCACUACAGCCGCGCCGCUCUCCCUCCCCCGACGCACCACGUCAACGCAAGAGACCUGGUGGCGGGGCGCGGCAGGGAAUCUUAGACCGUGAAACACUCCGACGCAAGCAGGAGGAACGUGAACGUGCGGAGCAGGAUGAGGCUAUACGCAACUCCCAGCAGCGCGGUGUCGCGGACGUGGUUCGACAACACUACAAUGCAGUUCCCGAGAGAGGCCGUGAGUGGCGGAAGACAGAGAGCAAGAUCAAGGGGCUACGAAGCUUCAACAACUGGGUGAAGAGUACCUUGAUUCAGAAGUUCUCUCCUGAUGAGACAUUUGUCGCACGAUUCGAGGAUAGCAAGAACUGGGCGGACGAUAGCCAAGGACCGCCGCCCCCCGCUGAUCAAAAGCUUCUCGUACUGGAUCUUGGUUGUGGUAAAGGCGGCGACCUGGGCAAGUGGCAGCUGGCGCCACAGCCGGUCGACCUCUAUGUCGGUCUUGACCCUGCCAACAUCUCCAUCGAGCAGGCGCGGGGCCGGUAUGAUCAAAUGCGCACAGGCCGCGGUCAGCGAGGCCGCCGACCUCCCCAGCCGAUUUUCCAUGCCGAGUUCUAUCCGAAAGACUGCUUUGGUGAGUGGCUGGGCGAUGUUGACAUCGUCCAGAGAGUUGGCAUUGAUGCUAAUGCCGGCCCGGGUGGGUCUAUCAUGGCCUCCCGCUAUGGCGGUGGUGGCUUUGACGUCGUCACGUCCAUGUUUGCCAUUCAUUACGCCUUUGAGUCCGAGGAGAAGACGCGCCAAAUGCUCAGCAAUGUCGCUGGCUGUCUGAAGAAAGGCGGUCGUUUCCUUGGCGUUUGCCCCAAUUCAGACGUCGUUACCAGCCGUGUAUCUACUUUCCACAAGGAGCGUAAGGAGCGCGAGGCUGCCAAACCUGCUGAGCCAGAAGGCCCCGAGGAUGGUGAAGUCGAGGAGGAUGAACGGGCCCAGUGGGGCAACGAUAUCUACCGCGUUCAGUUCCCGGGCGCAACCCCUGAGGAUGGAAUCUUCCGUCCGCCUUUCGGGUGGAAGUACAGUUACUUUCUGAAGGAGGCAGUGGAAGAGGUUCCCGAAUACGUUGUUCCAUGGGAGGCUUUCCGAGCCUUAACCGAGGACUACAAUCUAGAACUACAAUACCGCAAACCGUUUUUGGAUAUUUGGGAGGAUGAGAAGAAUCACCCCGAGCUGGGUCCGCUCAGUGAGCGGAUGGGCGUAAGAGACCGCGCGACUGGUGCUUUGAAUAUGACAGAGGAAGAGAAGGAGGCCGCCAGUGAGUAG